CUUCUCGUUCCCUCUUUCAGAGCCCUGCGCCGGCCCAGGCGGGCAGCAUGGCAGCGCCUGUGGCCAUGUCCCGGCCUCUGCCCCCGAAGCCAUGGAGGAGAUAAGGUAGCCCCCUCACUCGCCUGGAUGGGGAAGCCCAGUUCGAUGGAUACAAAAUACAAGGAUGACUUAUUUCGGAAGUACGUGCAGUUCCAUGAGGGCAAAGUGGACCCCACCCCCAGCAAGCAGCAGCCUGGCAGCGAUGAGUUCCUGCGGGGGGCGGCCUCGACCCUGCUCAGCCUGCACAAGGUGGAUCCCUUUUAUCGAUUCCGGCUGAUCCAGUUCUAUGAGGUGGUGGAGAGCUCUCUGCGCUCACUGAGCUCCUCCAGCCUGCGCGCGCUGCACUGCGCCUUCAGCAUGCUGGAGACGGUGGGCAUCAACCUCUUCCUCUACCCAUGGAAGAAGGAGUUCCGAAGCAUCAAGACCUACACAGGCCCGUUUGUUUACUAUGUCAAGUCAACAUUGCUAGAGGAGGACAUUCGUACCAUCCUGAACUACAUGGGUUAUGUGCCCGAGCUGGGGACCGCCUACAGGCUCAAGGAGCUUGUGGAGCUCCUGCAGGUAAAGAUGGUCUCCUUUGAGCUUUUUCUGGCCAAGGUUGAGUGUGAGCAGAUGCUAGAAAUCCAUUCACAAGUGAAGGACAAGGGCUACUCUGAGCUGGACGUGGUCAGUGAGCGCAAGAGCAGCACGGAGGAUGUGCGUGGCUGUUCUGACGCCCUGCGGCGGCGGGCCGAGGGCAGGGAGCACCUGACGGCGUCCAUGGCCCGGGUGGCACUCCAGAAGUCGGCCAGCGAGCGAGCCGCCAAAGACUAUUACAAGCCCCGUCCCCGUGUGACCAAGCCCUCGAGGUCGGUGGAUGCCUAUGACAGCUACUGGGAGAGCAGGAAACCGCCCCUAAAGGCCUCACUAAGCCUGCGGAAAGAGCCCACAGCCUCAGAGUUGGGGGACGACCUCAAGGACGAGAUCAUCCGCCCAUCCCCCUCCCUCCUGGCCAUGUCCAGUUCCCCCCACGGCAGCCCUGAUGACCUUCCACCUGCCUCCCCCAGCAACGGCGUUGGCCUGCUGCGCGGCACAUACUUCUCCGCUCAGGACGACGUGGAUCUGUACACGGACUCGGAGCCCAGGGCCACCUACCGCAGGCAGGAUGCUCUGAGGCCAGACGUGUGGCUGGUCAGAAACGAUGCCCACCCCCUCUACCACAAGCGCUCACCCCCCGCCAAAGAGUCUGCCCUAUCCAAGUGCCAAAACUGUGGCCUGUCCUGCAGCUCCUCCUUCUGCCAGCGCUGUGACAGCCUGCUCGUCUGUCCCUCAGCCUCCAAGCCCGGCGCCUUCCCCAGCAAGGCCUCCACCCAUGACAGCCUGGCCCAUGGGGCAUCCGUUCGGGAGAAGUACUCCGGCCAGACUCAGGGCCUCGACCGGCUGGCACACCUUCACUCAACCAAGCUCCCCCCCACAGCCACCUCCCGCUGUGGCUUCUGCAACCGCCCAGGCGCCAGCAACACUUGCACCCAGUGUUCAAAAGUUUCCUGCGACACCUGCCUCAGCGCCUACCACUACGACCCCUGCUGCAAAAAGAGUGAGCUGCACAAGUUCAUGCCCAACAACCAGCUGAGCUACAAGGCCUCCCAGUUCUCCCAUCUCGUAUACAGAUAGACCUGACCUUGCACUUGCCGCUACAAGGGCUACACCACUGACCUUUCUGGUUUCCUGGUGAAGUAGUAAUGCGCCGAUCUCAAGCAGAAGCCUGCACUUGACCAUGUAGGAGGUGGGGAUCGUGGCUGGCUGCACCCAUGGGGAGUUCACUUAGUCACUUGUAUGUCAACUGAUGUCUGCUUUGUCACCCUACGAGGGAGAGGGCCACACUUCCGUUCAGAUUCACGUUCACUCGUCCCCACUCUGUUUGGUUGAUUUUUAGAUUUUUUUUCUUUUUCCCUUUGAAGAGAAUUUCUAUCUCUUAAGACCCUUGUCACACCCAUUGCAAAGCCAACUUGAACUGGAAGGGUCCUUUAGUUCACCUCGAAGGGUCCCCAGGAACUGCGAACGAGAGGCCUGUUGGCUUGUGAAAUGAGCCCUCCUGCCACACUGGGCCUCUCUAAAAGGCUCAGCUCUUGACCUCCCCAUCCCAGAGUUGAUCCCCCAGUGCACUCCCCUGCUGCCUCCCUUUCCCACCUCUCCAGGUGUCUAGGGGGAGCCAAGCCCAGUAUUAGCUGAGUGUGACCUGGUGCCCCCCACAGCCCAGUCAGCCCCUGGCAUUUGUGACCUUGGCUCCAGUGCACUGCAGUGUGGACUUCCCUCGGUGGGACGGGCGUUUCCCUUUCUGUUGUUUGCACAUGCCCCUCUUACUGUACUGUAAAUAGUAUUUUUUGAGAUUUAUUUUUAAAUAAAUAUUCAACUUGC